CCAGGUCCUCCUCACGAGGCCGCCAGCUGGCCGCCGGUCCGGGGGGAAUGCGGAAAAUAUUGUCGAAACGGGGAAUCGCCAAUCUUUCAAUCGGCCGGCUGCUCCAGAUUCUCAGGUGCUGUGUUGUACGGAUCCCCGGCGCGAUCUCACUCAUUGACAAGGCGCGUUCCCUCCCGUCCUUCGUAUACCCACCAGAUCCGGCACAAUGGCCUCCGUAGCGAAAACGGGUGCUGAGGCACUGAGGAAUGCCCCCUUUAGGGUGGGCAAGAAGCAGAUCUUCCUGCCAAACCACGUCAUCACGUUCGUCCGCCCGCUGCCCAAGCAGCCGCCUAACCUCGCGACCUUCAUCGUCCCCCUCGAGUUCAACAAGCUCGACCUGCGCGACUACCUCUACCAUGUCUACAACGUCGAGGUGACGGGUGUCCGCUCCUUCGUCAACCAGCGCAUGCACGAGCAGAGACACGGCGAUGUCGGCAACUGGCGCCGCCCCAAGUCGCAAAAGAUGAUGAUCGCCGAGCUGGCCAAGCCGUUCGUCUGGCCCAAGCCGCCCGCUGAGGAUGCCCGCGAAGCAUUCGACUACGCCAUGUGGAAGAAGCAGAAGACGGCGCAGGAGCAAGAUACUAAAUUCCAGGGCAUCAGGGCCCAGGGUGAGGUCGUGCCGCCGUCGCAGUUUGAGGUGACCAAGGACCGCAAGGCCAUCAAGGCACGGCAGAGCAAGUUCCUCUCGGGUGAGGAGACAUGGGCGCCCGGAAAGGUCAACGCAUUUCUGAAUUCGAAGAUUGUGCCGGAGGAGGAGGGAUGGUCCGAAGUAGAAGAGAACCUGCCUUUGGAUGAGUCGGCGGAGGCUGCCGCGGAGGAGAGCAGCAGCAAAGGUUCGGAGACUAGGCAAUGAGUAUGAGGGCCAGCCUUCUUGACUGUGCUGCACCUACUGAGUUGGGUUCUGGGCUGAGUAGGGAAUGGGUGGGACGAAGGGAAGUGACAGAGCGAGGAAACUUUAAUCGUUCACACAAAAAGAAACGAUGAUCUUGGAGCGGAUAGAA